AUGUUCUUAAAAUACUUAAUACCCAUUUUCUAUCUGAUUUACUCAUCACAUUGUCAGACAUACAACAAAAACAGAACCAUCUACUCCAUUGAACUUGAUGCUGUAAGUUUUUAAAAAUUUUAACUUUCUUGUUUUUAUUUUUAGAGUAUAAAUAUUCUAUCAAAAUGCAUUGGACCCACGGGACAUGUGCAAACACUACCUCAUUAUACCGUAUUCCUGAUCUACAAUCGCCCUCAUUUCUGCGAAGAUGUUCUCAAAAACGCGGCUCAUGAUUACAUCUACAACUACUAUCCAACUCAUACCGAUGUUUACAAAAAUGAGGAAAAUACGGUCAGUUUACAUUAGUGUAUUUUUUAAGCAGUAUAUACCAUAUUUUUGACGCUUACUGUAGCUUGAUGCAUUUUUAGGUCAGUAUGAAGUGCGAUUCCAAGUUCUUUCUUGCCAAGCUAUCAGAGACGACCACGUUGUUGCAGAGUUAUUGUAAUGAGUAA